AGUGUCAAAGCCAAUCGAUGCGCUCGCGGGGUCGCGAAUGGGAACGAGCGCGAAUGGCACAAAUGGAAGAGGAUAAAAAGGGUCGCGUGCUUCGGGAAGCGCGGCAGAGGAACGGGAGAGCACGGUGUUCCACAAGACCGUCAGCGCGUGGGACAGCGGAUAAACCUAACACCCCCCCCCCCCGGUCGACAGUUUGCUGACGUGUAUUCCCACCCAUCCGCUCAACACUAGCUCGAGGAGAAGAGGUUCAGCUGCGUGCUGGUGAAGCAGCCCGAAGCAGGGGAAGCAGGAAAGAGCUGCGAUUUCGGAGAACGUAUCAGAGACGGGGAGAGAGAGAGAGAGAGAGAGAGAGAGAGUCUGGCUGAACAUCCCUCAGGAUGAAGAAAAGCAGGAGUGCCCAGGGGGUUACACCAGGCGAUGAGUCUUCUGUGGGACAAUUUUCCACUGGCAGCACACUUGGGGUAGAAGUGUGCAAAGUCCACAGGCGGUUUUCUGGCAACCUGCAGCUGCCUCCAUUGUCAUGGCGACAGGUGGAAAGGGAUAGGGACAGGGUGAGGCCGCUCACACCUGAAGAAGACCCAGUGACCUGGACCAGACCCUCCAGUCUGCCCAUCUGUUCUCUGCCCCGCAUCGACAUCACACAGGCCGACCCCGACAGCUUUGAAGGAGAAAAUGGUCCAUCGUUGUGCUGCAGCCCUUCAGACCUGCAGGCAUCCCCAGGUUCAGGUCUGGUUCUCCAUCCCAACCUGGCGGGCCACAGUCAGCGUCGGGAGUCCUUCCUGUACCGCUCUGACAGCGACUACGAGCUAUCGCCAAAGUCCCUGUCUCGAAACUCUUCCAUUGUUGGAGAACUGCAUGGAGAGGACUUGAUUGUGACUCCAUUUGCUCAGGUUCUGGCAAGCCUUCGGACUGUCAGGAACAAUUUCACCACCUUGACGAAUGUACAGUGUGCAUCCAAUAAGAGGUCUCCUGCUGCGAAUCAGCCUUCUCUUACCAAAGUCUGUCUGUCAGAUGAGUCCUACCAGAAGCUGGCUAUAGAGACCAUGGAGGAGCUGGACUGGUGUCUGGACCAGUUGGAGACCAUCCAAACUUAUCGCUCUGUCAGUGACAUGGCCUCUAACAAGUUCAAGAGGAUGCUGAACCGCGAGCUAAGCCACCUGUCUGAGAUGAGUCGCUCAGGCAACCAAGUUUCAGAGUACAUCUCCAACACCUUCCUAGACAAGCAGAAUGAGUUGGAGCUUCCGUGUCCAGUUCCUAAGUCCAGGGAAAGGAAGAGAAGACAGGGCCAAAAGCAGCAGCAGCAGCAGCAGCAGCAGCAGGGUGGGAUGAUGACUCAGAUCAGUGGGGUGAGGAAGGUCAGCCACACACCCAGCAUCUCUGGAAACACCAGCAAUCGAUUUGGGGUCAAGACAGACCAGGAGGAACUGCUGUCAAAGGACCUGGAGGACAUAAACAAAUGGGGUCUAAAUAUCUUCAAAGUGACCGAGCACUCCCACAACCGACCGCUCACAUGCAUCAUGUACUCCAUCUUUCAGGAGCGAGACCUGAUGAGGACGUUCAAGAUUCCAACGGACACUUUUGUGACGUUCAUGCUGACCUUGGAGGACCACUAUCACUCCGACGUGGCUUACCACAACAGCCUGCACGCUGCUGACGUAGCCCAGUCCACACACAUCCUCCUGUCAACGCCUGCACUGGAUGCGGUCUUCACAGAUUUGGAGAUCUUGGCAGCCAUUUUUGCUGCAGCCAUUCACGACGUGGACCACCCAGGAGUGUCAAACCAGUUCCUCAUCAACACCAACUCCGAGCUAGCUCUCAUGUACAACGAUGAGUCGGUGCUGGAGAACCACCACCUGGCUGUGGGUUUCAAACUGCUGCAGGAGGACAACUGCGACAUCUUCCAAAACCUCACCAAGAAACAGAGGCAAUCCCUCCGGAGGAUGGUCAUCGACAUGGUGCUGGCAACUGACAUGUCUAAACACAUGAGCCUGCUGGCUAAUCUGAAGACGAUGGUGGAAACCAAGAAAGUGACCAGCUCUGGAGUUCUGCUGCUGGACAACUACACGGACAGGAUGCAGGUUUUGCGUAACAUGGUUCACUGUGCGGACCUGAGCAACCCGACCAAGCCUCUGGAUCUAUACCGGCAGUGGACAGACAGGAUCAUGGAUGAGUUUUUCCACCAAGGAGACAGGGAGAGAGAAAGGGGAAUGGAGAUCAGCCCGAUGUGCGACAAACACACAGCUUCGGUGGAGAGAACACAGGUUGGCUUCAUCGAUUAUAUUGUCCACCCUCUGUGGGAGACGUGGGCCGACCUGGUCCACCCCGACGCCCAGGACAUCCUGGACACGCUGGAGGACAACAGGAACUGGUACCAACGCAUGAUCCCCCAGAGUCCCUCCCCUCCGUUCUACACCAGUGACGGGGAGGGCGGCCCACUUGAGGAGGUGGAGGGGGCACCUGUGGCGAGUAAAUUUCAGUUUGAGCUGACGCUGGAUGACCAGGAUGAAGAGGAUGGAGACGGGAAGAGCGCAAUGAUGGAGAUGACGGACAGUGUGAUACUCCAACAACAGGCCUCUGAUCGGGACGGGGUUAAAAUGGCGCCGUGUGACGUCUCACCUGCGGAAACAUAGCUGAACUGACAGUGUUCUCAGAGUGCAGCAAGUUUAGCUGUUUUGGCUGAAUUCAUUUAAUUGCAGUAGAGCAAUCCUGCAAUGUCGCUCUUUGGAGCUGCCUGGCAAAGAGGGCCUGGCUGAAUGUCGGGCACCCCUGCAAACAAGGCUUGGAAACCCUGUGGCAGUUUGUUUUGAGCCCCCUAGAGGGGAGCCGGAAGACGUGUGUUCUUUAAAGAAAGGACUACUGUCAGACUGCAGAGGCAUGUCUGAAUCUCUCACACAAAGAAGGUGGACGAUAUGUGUCCGUGUACUUGGACUAGUAAAAAUUCCAAACUUGCACUUCAGGAAGUUUUUUAUGUUCAUUUUUUAUUAUUUUAUUGUGUCGGAUGCCACCUGGUAAAAUGUCCAACCAAAAAACGACUGGUCAGCAAGUUAUUUAUACCCAAGUAGUUUUUUUUCUAACACAAGGUUGUGUGCCUUUUUGUAAGUGUUUUUAUAAUUUAUUGAACACAUUCAUGUAGCUGUAAAACGUGUCAACUUUUCUACAAUAAGGACACAUUUCUCUCACACAGUCUUCCUCAUGUUCUGGCAAUAGCAUAAGCUUGCUCAGUGGAUGUAUUUCUAAAAUCAGACGACUUCCCAGCACAAUUUGCACUUUGUGGCAUAGGACAAAGAGACCGUGGAAAGCAUCAGUAAUUUACAUUAACCUAAACAUGUAAAACAUGUUUGUUUUUUGCCAAGGUCAUUUGAUAACUUGUGGAUCACAUUCUUUGAAAAUGGGAAAACAUUUUGUAUUUUUGAGUCCAAAAAUUUCGGAAAAAAAAAGAAAACUCCAAAGAUCCUGUAAAAAAAGCACUUUGAUGAUUUCACUGCCACCGCUGUAGAGUGUGAGCCCACGCUUGAAGAGGCAGUAGUGAAACAAAUCAAACUUCUGACCAGAAGGGAAAUUGAUUCCAGACAUUGUCAUGGAGCUGGACGAAGAGUUCAGGCAAAUGAAAGCAAUUAUUUAGUCAAUUUCACCAAAAAUAUCUUCCAUAAAAGUUCAAGAUUUCUGUUAGAAACCUGUUUCUACCUUGUAAUCCUCCUGUUUCGUCACACACACACAUACACCUGUUGUGGUUAACAGCAUUCUUAUGAAUAGGCUUCACGCCGUGACUCUGAAUGACUGUACGACUGUGUGCACAUUUAAAAAAACACCUAUUAGUAAUAGAAUAAUUGUAUCUUGUAGUUUUUAUUCCAGCACUUUGAAUAUGUGACAGCUUGCAGCUGGUUGCUGUUCUGUCCAACACUACCUUAAAGGUACAACCUUCAGAAUAAGGGGGGGGGGGGGGUGCCAAUAUCGUGUCAUGACACGACACCUCCGGUGUGACUGGCGGUGUGUGUGUGUGUGUGUGUGUGUGUGUGUGUUUGUGUGUGUUUGUGUGUGUGUGUGUGUGUGUGUGUGUGCGCGUGCGCGUGCGUGUGUAAACAGUUGCACAAUCUCGUUGCACCCAGCUGAGUUGUUCAGACCCGUCAGCUGUUUGUAACACUAUUUAUUAUCUUUCUCCUUGUUUAUGAUAAUAUUGAUAUUGAUUGUUAAUAUUCCUUGUAUAUCUGUUAUUAUUUAUAUGCACUACCAGGUAUCAAAUCACAGUUUGACUGGUGGUUCUGUUUUAUUAUAUUUAGAAAGCUGUUUUGCUAUACGACCGUAACAUGAAGUUAUGCAACAACAUUUUGACAAUUUGAGAUGUUUGUUUUGAAGUUCCAGACAGAAAAUGAUGGACAGUCCAAACCAACCACAGCUCGUGUAGUGCAGAAAAAGUCUGGCAUUUGUUUUUGUUCCUGGCGGAUUAUGAAGGUUGGAUAUUUACUGCAGUAUAUUCUGUACGGUGACUGGUCAUUGUACGGCUACAGGAAUAUUUGCUGAAAUAUAUUGCAUUGUUUCAAAUAUAUUUUUUCAGUGUUUUUCCUCACAAUACUGUAUAUGGUAAAAUGGUAUAUGUUGUGCUCAACCAAUGUUUUCUAUCAGAUUAUUAAAAUGAGCAUGUAUUACAUAA